CAUUACUUUUGGUGUAUUAGUACAUAUAUACAAUAUAUAUAAUACAACAUAGUAUAAUAUAAUAUUUAUUUAGUAAUGGUUUUCUUACCAUCAUUACCCCAGCAACUCGAGGAUCCAGCCUUUGAAGAUGAAGAUUCUCCUUACCUUUAUAAGGUUGGAGCAAUAGCAAUGCGUGAUAUGAUAUUCAAAGAAACUCCCUAUCCUAGUGAAUGGUUAAAAGGUGCAGUGCCAAUUCCUGGUACUGGAGCACCCGGAUAUUCUGAAAUUUAUAGAAAUGCAUCUUUCCCAAAUGGAUUAAAAAGAGCUUUAACUGCUGAAAUGGAUACUUUUCAUAAAAUAUUUAAGAAUUCAGUAAAUCUCUUUCAUCAAAAACCUUGUUUUGGAUAUAGAAAGUAUGAUUACGCUACUCAAACUUCAGCUCCAGAAUAUACAACUUUUACAUAUGAUGAAGUAGAAGCUAUGAAGAAAGAUUUAGGUGCUGGUUUAUUAUUUUUAUUAACUUCGAAUCCUUAUAAGAAUCCAUCCAAAUAUGAAUCUCAUGCUAAAAUUGAUAAUCAUGUGGAUAAUUACAAACAUUAUAAUGAAAAGAAUAUUUCCUUUAUUCUAACUAUAUGUGCAUCUAAUAGAUGGGAAUGGAUGUUAACUGAUUUAAUGUGUAGUUCUUAUUCAAUAACUAGUACUUCAUUAUACGAUACCUUGGGUCCAGAUUCAUCCCAAUAUAUUUUAGCACUUACUGAAACACCAGUCAUUGUUUCUUCAAAGAAUCACAUAAAAUCAUUAAUUGAACUUAAGAAAGGUGAUCCAGAAAAAUUGGGAAAUAUUAUUAGUAUAAUCAGUAUGGAUCCAUUAUUUAGAGAAGAUAAAUGGUUGGUACAGUAUGCAGAUUCUGUUGGUAUAAAAUUAUUUGAAUAUAGUCAAGUUUUAGAAGUUGGACGUUUAUUCCCUUUGAAAGAAUUAGUUCCCCAUUAUAAAACCGUAUAUGCUAUUAGUUUUACUUCAGGUACUACUGGUUCUCAUCCAAAAGGUGUUCUUCUUUUGCAACAAGCUUCUGCGGCAUGUGCGGUCUUUGCUUUAACUCAAGUUAAUCAUCUUGAAAACUGGAGAUCCUUUUGUUUUUUACCUUUGGCUCAUAUUUAUGAAAGACAAAUGUCUUCAUUUACAUUGACAUAUGGUGGUUGUAUAGGUUUUCCUAAAAUUGGAGGUGGUCCGUUGACAUUAAUCGAAGAUUUGAAACUUUGGAAACCUCAUUUCAUGCCAAAUGUUCCAAGAAUUUAUACUAAAUUAGAGGCUGCUCUUAAGACUGCUACAAUUGAAUCAGACUCUAUUUUGACUAGACAGCUUUUUACUAAAGCUAUAAACUAUAAAAUUGCCGCCCAAGAAGAAUAUGAUGGAGCUGAGGGUCGCCAUUUUAUUUAUGACAAAUUUUUUAUUUCUAAAUUAAGAGCUUCAUUAGGUUUUGAUAAUAUGCAAAUUGUAAGUACUGGUUCAGCUCCAAUUUCCCCAUCCACUAUCAAAUUCUUAAAAGCUGCAUUAGGUAUUGGUAUUUCUCAAGGUUAUGGUUUAACUGAAUCUUUUGGUGGUGUAUCAUUUGGUAUUCCUUACGAAGCUAACCCAGGUGGUUGUGGUACUAAUGGUAUUUCAUCAGAAAUGAGAAUUCGUGAAUUACCAGAAAUGGGUUAUCAUAUUAAUGAUGCUGAUGGUGCAAGGGGUGAAUUAUUAUUAAGAGGUCCACAAAUUUCUCCAGGAUAUUUUAAAAAUGAAGCAGCUACUAAAGAAGCUUUUGAUGAAGAUGGCUGGUUCCACACUGGUGAUGUAGCCAGAAUGUCAAAAGAUGGUAAAAUAUUUAUUAUUGAUCGUGUUAAAAAUUUCUUUAAAUUAUCUCAAGGAGAAUAUAUUACACCAGAGAAAGUUGAAAAUCAUUAUUUAUCAAAUAAUCCAAUUUUAACUCAAGUUUAUACACAUGGUGAUCCUAUGCAACACUUUUUGGUUGGUGUUGUUGGUUUAGAACGUGAAUUAUGUGUUCAAUUCUUAGUUGAUAAAUGUAAAGUAAAUGCAGCAGAUUUACAAACUCCCGAAAAAAUAUUAGAAUAUUGUAACAAGUUUGAAAUUAAGAAGCAAAUUUUAGAAUACUUGAAUGGUAAUAUUGCUGAUAAAUUAAAAGGAUUUGAAAAAUUACAUAAUAUUUACAUUGAAUUUGAACCUUUAAGAAUUGACAGAAAUGUUGUAACUCCAAGUUUGAAGUUGAGAAGACCAAUUGCUAAGAAGUUUUUCUCUGAUCAAAUUCAAUCUAUGUAUUCAGAAGGUUCUUUAAUUAAGAAAGAUACUAAAUUAUAAACUAUUUUUAUAAAUCUAUAGGAAAUAAAUAAAUGUAUAAAAGG